UCAGUGCCACUUGUUUUCUUUCCUAAUCACACAGUCCAUUAAAACCUCUCUCCAUCAUCACUCCAUUAUUUGUACAAUAAAUAAAUGCAGCUUCUUCUUUCCAAAGCUUCCCUUUUUUUCAAUCCAAGAACUAUUUUUUCUUCUUCAACAUCAAUGGCUACAUCUAACUCAAUUUCUCUUUCUUCAAAACCCCGUUUAAAGGGUAUUGUAUUUGACAUGGACGGAACCCUAACGGUCCCCGUUAUUGAUUUUCAGGCCAUGUACAGGGCUGUUCUGGGUCAUGAUGAGUACCUUGCUGUUAAAUCCAAGAGCCCUUCUGGCAUUGAUAUUUUGCAUCACAUUGAAAGUUGGAGCCCUGAUAAGCAACGUAGGGCGUAUGAGGUUAUUGCUGAUUAUGAAAAACAGGGUCUUGAUCGACUCCAGAUUAUGCCUGGUGCUGCUGAACUUUGUAGUUUUCUUGAUUCUAGGAAUAUUAGAAGGGGAUUAAUCACUAGGAAUGUCAAAGAUGCAGUUGACUUGUUUCACGAACGCUUUGGAGUGAAAUUUUCUCCUGCACUGAGCAGAGAAUAUCGUCCAUACAAACCAGAUCCAGCUCCAUUGCUGCACAUUUGUUCAACUUGGGAAGUUCAAUCUAAUGAAGUAAUGAUGAUUGGUGACAGCCUUAAAGAUGAUGUUGCUUGUGGCAAACAAGCUGGAGCUUUUACUUGCUUGCUCGACGAAACAGGAAGGUAUGAUGCUCCAGAAUAUGCAAACGUCCAACACAAACCAGACUAUAAGGUGUCUUCUCUUGUUGAGGUUCAGUCACUUCUAGAAAGAGAUUUUGAGCUGACAUCUUGAUUUUUGCAAAUCUUUGGAACCCCCCUGGCCUGGCUGAGCAACGAGAUAUGGUUUACCCUCGUAAGCCCUCCAUGUAGCAUUCCUGCAUGCACGUUUCUUUUGGUUUCUGUAAGAUUACAGUAAUUAGAUUGCAGCUUUGCUCAUGUGAGCGGGAAUCUUUGAGAUGGUCUCAAGUCAUUCAUUUUUCAAGCCAAAAAUGGGGAAUAUGAGUUUUUGUUCACUCUUGGUGGUGAAACUGGUGAUUUACAGAGACUUUUAUCGAUUAGCCUGGUUCGUUGUGGGUGACAUAGUCACGAGACCAUAAAUGUGUUUUCGAAUGUAGUGUUCUUGUCAUCUCUUUGCUCGUAAUGGAAGCUCUAGCCACAGGUCUUGCACGCGAAUAGUAGCUAAGAUUUCUUAGGAAUAAUGGUACUUGUUAAUGCAAAGAUUUUCAGAAAUGAGACCAAGUUGGUCUGA